AUGGCCCAACUUACAAACGACGACGUCUCCAUGUCCACACAGAACACCGUGACCAAUAGCUUGGGAAGCUCUGAUAUUUACCUCAGCGAACUGACCCGGGAAAUCAUCAUCGGUGUCGUUUAUGUUGUUAUUAAUCCACUUUUCUCUGUCUUUGGAAUAAUCACAAAUCUGAUUAAUAUCACAGUGUUCAUCAAAUGUGGGUUUUCCGAUUCGGUGAAUAUAGCUCUGCUUGGGCUAUCCCUGUCUGAUCUGUUCCUUCUACUUUUCAUACUAUGGCGAAGCAUCUGUUUUUUCCCACUGUUCCGGCAAGCAGAUCUCCCUUUUGACCCAUUGGAAACUGCUUACGUCACUGCAGGGAUCCCGCUGACCUACUUCGGCAGAACAACCAGUUGGAUAACAGCAUUUAUUACUCUGGAGAGAUUCCUUUGUGUGGCUUUCCCUUUGAAAGUGAAAACAUUAAGUACACCGAGGAAAUCUACAAUCAUUGUUAUCUGCAUCUACGUGCUUAUGGCAGCGACAGUGGCUUCGCUGUUUUACACCAGCCGUGUGGGAAUGAAAUUCUUCCCAGAAAGAAAUUCUUCCCGACUUGGUCUUGUUUUUACAUCUGACCGAUACAGUGUGGCCAAGUACGCCAACCCAUUCAGCAAUCUUGUAGUUCAAAUUGGUUCGUUCCUUUUUGUGUUAGUAUUCACAGUUCUACUUUUCGACAAACUUAAAAGUAACAAUAAAUGGCGCCAAAAUGUUACUGAUCAAGCGAGUUUACUUUCUCGACGCGAUCAGAAAGUGGCCAUAAUGAUUGUUCUGGUGUCCAGUAACUUUAUUAUUUGUUAUGUUGGCAUUACUAUAGAGUAUAUAUGGCCAAUAUUUAAUCCAGAGUUUACUUCAGGUCUUGCUUAUAGAAAUACAUUGUUUGUUGUCACUGCGUUUGCGAUCACAACGCAUCAGAUCAACGCAGCCACAAAUUUAUUCAUAUACCUGACGAUGAGUUCCAAAUAUAGACGGGUUUUCCACUCAGUGUUUCUGUGUGUAACAGUGAAAGCUGGAACAUCGGCAUAA